AUGGAUAUCCUCAAAGUGCUGUCGCGCGGCAUCAAGCAGCCUUCCAAGGGCGCCAAACCGGUGAGCAAUGCGACGGCGAACCUGCCGUCUGCUGGCAACCGACCGAACCCUCAGCUUUUCCACGACGAAGUCCCCUCCGGGCGGGGCCACAAGAGGAAGCGCACUAAGGACGAGGUCGAGGAGAAGGAAGAGGAGCAGCUGCCCGAGGUCGACUUCUUUGCCCCCAAGCCCGACCCUUCGAAGCAGGCCGCCGAGGCAAAGGAGACCUCUUCUCAGGAGACGGACAAGGCGGAAGCGCCUAAGGUCAAGCCGAAGCUUCUCCCCGAAGACGAGUGCCGACAGAUCCUCCGCUCCCACCGAUUGAAGCUCACCCUCCUCUCCGAGCGCCACAAGAACCAGUCCAAGGUCACCAAGAGCACGAAGAAAAAGAAAAAGGUUGCCGUUGAGGUCGAGAAGGAGACGAACCAGCUGCACCCGCAACCGCUGACCUCGUUCCGCGAGCUGAGGACGAACUUCAACAUCUCGUCUCUGCUGGCGGACAACCUGGCGCACCAGGGCUACAAGGUUCCCACGGAGGUGCAGCUGGGUAGUCUGCCACUACUUCUGCAGCCUGAGCUGGCGCUGAAGAAGGUCCCGAAUAAGGAGGAGUUGGGCGAUGUGUCGCACGGAGUCGACUUCUUGGCUGUCGCGCCGACGGGUAGCGGAAAGACGAUCAGCUUCUUGAUCCCCGCGAUCAACUCGAUCAUGCAGAAGAGGGCGUCUGCCGGCGGAGAACAGGAUGACCACGAACUCUCUGCGAUCGUCGUUGCGCCGACGCGAGAGCUUGUUUUCCAGAUCGUCAACGAGGGGCGCAAGCUUGCCCAAGGCUCUGGCAUUAAGGUCGUGGGUAUGAAGAAGGGCAUGCGGAUAGCUUCCGAGGAGGACGAGAUCUCUGAGAGCGAGGACGAUGAAUCGCAGGAUGAGGGCUCCGGAGACGACGACGAGGACAGUGAGACGGAGCCUGCCAGCUCCAAGCAUGUCACAAAGGCAGACAUUCUUGUCACCACUCCCACACUGCUGGUCAACUUCCUCUCGUCGGGAUCGUCAAAGACCCAGCUUGUGCUACCAACAGUCAAGUCGCUGAUCCUCGACGAGGCGGAUGUCCUCCUGGACCCACUCUUCCGUAAGCAGACCAUGACCAUAUGGACUGCUUGCUCGAACCCCGACUUGAAGAUUACCUUCUGGUCGGCAACCUUCGGAUCCAACAUCGAGACUCUCGUCAAGGAGAUGCAGGCCGAGAGAGCAUCAAACAGACCCUUGCUUCGUCUUGUGGUCGGAUUGAAGGACACUGCGGUUCCCAACGUAACGCACAAGCUGGUCUACACCGCAACAGAGAAGGGAAAGCUCCUCGGCCUUCGCCAGCUACUUCACCCAACAGCAGGCGACGACUCCGGUCCGCCUCUCCGGCCCCCAUUCCUCGUCUUUACUCAAACCAUCGAGCGUGCUACCGCCCUCGCAGAGGAGCUGAAAUACGACAUCCCCCUUGCCGCUGGCGGUUCCACCAGAAUCGCCGCUCUGCACAGCGGUCUCACCGACAAAGCCCGCGCAGGAAUCAUGCGCCGCUUCCGCGCCGGUGAGGUAUGGAUCCUCAUCACUACAGACGUCCUCGCCCGCGGCGUCGAUUUCGCCGGCGUCAAUGGCGUAGUGAACUACGACGUCCCUGGCUCCAGCGCCGCGUACGUCCAUCGCGCGGGCCGUACCGGCAGAGCUGGUCGUGAGGGCGGCGUCGCCGUCACCUUCUACACGACGGACGAUAUCCCCUUUGUCAAGACCGUCGCCAACGUCAUUGCCGCGAGCGAGAAGCAGGCUGGCAAGACGGGCGAGGAGGCCAACGUGCAGAAGUGGCUCCUCGAUGCUCUGCCAAAUGUCAGCCAGGCGGAUAAGAAGAAGUUGAGGGAGAAGGGUGUUGAGGCUAGACGAAGCCAUGGUGCUGCUAUGAUCUCGACAGAGAGCAAGUGGGAGAGGAAGAAGGAGCAUAAUAAGAAGGGUGCCGCUGCGGCGAGCAAGCAGAGGAAGAAGGAGGCGAAGCAGUCUAGGAGGGGCGAUGAUAGCGAUGACGGCGAAUGGGGUGGCAUCGACGACUGA